UUGUUUAGCGGAGGGGAGGAGGAGAAGUGCAAUAUAAUACAUAAGUAGAGGUGCAAUAGCAGUUUGAUAUGCAGAAUAAAGCAAUGGCGCUAGUAGUAGUAGUGGUAUAUAUUGUUGCAAAAGACUUAGAGAGAAAAUAAUCGGACUCGCUGUGGCGCGCUCGCAGUCAAAGCGAUCAACAACGGCACUGCCAACGAUCAAUAACUCGACGACUGUGGAUCUCGACGGUUUGGCUCAUAAUUGUUUGGGUUUUUUGUGCAUUUACACUACAAGAUGAACGCCACGAAUAUGGUAUUCGCGGUGAUCAUCGUGACUUUGUCGCUGACCGGGUCAGGCCAUGGUAUGGCAUACACUGUGUUCCAGGCGGUGGUCGAGUACUACCGGAUGCUGGGACCGGUACCAAAGGAUGCCGUGCCGGACGCGGGUUACGUGAGGCGGCAGUAUGACUUCGUGGUGGUGGGCGCCGGUUCCGGUGGCUCGGUUGUGGCCAACCGGCUGACUGAAGUGGCUGGCUGGACAGUGCUGCUGAUCGAGGCCGGUGGCGAAGAAAACGCCAUGACAGACGUGCCAUUGCUGGUCAGCUACCUGAUUGGCACCGGAUUUGACUGGGGAUACCGAACCGAACAGCAGGAGGGUAUAUGCGGGGCGAUGACCGACCGGAGAUGCAUGUGGCCUAGGGGAAAAGUGAUGGGUGGUACUAGCGUUAUCAACUACAUGGUGUACACGCGUGGCGUGCCGGACGACUACGACAACUGGGCCAGGUUGGGAAACGACGGAUGGAGUUACGCGGAUGUGCUUCCGUACUUCAAGAAAUCUGAGAACGUAAGGCAAAGCCCUCUAACGGAGUCACCUUACCAUGCUCGUGGCGGGUAUCUCAAGGUGGAGGAGCCUACGUGGAAGACCAAACUAGGUCCAGUGUUCCUGCGUGCCGGCCGCGAGUUGGGCUACGAAGUGCCCGCUGACCACAAUGGGCCACGGCCGUUAGGCUUCUCGUACGUGCUGGCCACGACGGACCACGGGACCCGGUGCAGCGCGUCCAAAGCGUUCCUACGGCCAGUCCGGAACAGGCCAAACUUGACAGUCACCAAAAAUUCGCUGGUUACCAAGGUACUCUUGGACCCACACACCAAACGUGCCACCGGCGUCAAGUUCGUAAAAAACGGACAAACUAUGGUGGUGCACGCCCGCAAGGAGGUAAUACUGAGUGCCGGUGCACUCAACACACCGCAAAUACUGAUGUUGUCGGGUAUUGGGCCGGCCGAUCAUCUAGCCGAGGUCGGCGUGCCCGUCGUCAAGGACCUUAAGGUGGGCUACAACCUGCAGGAUCACGUGUCUAUGGCCGGGUUGGUGUUCCUGGUCAACCAGUCGGUGACCAUUAUCGAGAGCCGGUACCGAAAUCCCAAGUACCUAGUCCAGUAUGCAGUCAGCGGUCAGGGUCCGUUUACCAUACCGGGGGGCGCAGAGGCGCUGGCGUUCACGGCCACGCGGUACGCAACCAAUGGGUCCGUGGCUCCCGACAUGGAACUGGUGUUCGGUCCAGGAGCCUUGACUGGUGACACGGGUGGGUCAUUACGCCGGUUGCUCGGCAUGAACGACACUUUCUACGAUCAGGUAUACGGCAAAUUCCGAGAACAUGACGCUUGGGGUUUGGUGCCGAUCCUGCUCCGGCCCCUGAGUCGCGGACGAGUCAAGCUGAGGUCCUCCAAUCCUUUCCACGCACCCCUGUUCUACGCUGGCUACCUGACGGACAAGCGGGACAGAGAAACUCUUAUCGAAGGCAUAAAACAGGCCAUCGCAGUGAGUGAGACUCCGGCAUUCCAAAAGUACGGAUCCAGACUGUUGCCGAUUCCAUUCCCCGGCUGCGAACACGAGCAGUUUAUGUCGGACGCAUAUUGGAUGUGCGCCACCGGGCUGGUGUCCACCAACCUGCACCACCAGUCGGGCACCUGCAAAAUGGGACCCGACACGGACCCGGACGCCGUUGUGGACACGAAGCUCAGAGUGCGAGGCGUCAAAGGCCUCCGGGUGGUUGACACUUCUAUCAUGCCCGUCAUACCAGCUGGGCACACCAACGCGAUGGCUUUCAUGAUCGGUGAGAAAGCGUCCGACAUGAUCAAGGAAAACUGGCUCAAAUGACAAUGGAAACAUAAUAUAUAAUUCAAUAUUAUGAUAACGAUAUAACUGCAACACGUCUACAUAGCACCUGCAUCAUAUAAUAAUAAUUUAUGCAGUAGUCCGACCCGGAGUCGGAGUACCUAUAAGCACAUUAUUAUUGGAUUGCGGUGACCCAUCGUCAUUACAGGUCGUCGAGAGCGAGAAAUUUCAUAUUUUUAGACCUGCAGAGUUCGGUUUGUAAGCAACGAGGAAGCGAUUUAAAAUCAUGA